AUGGAUCCCAAUAUGCUCCCCUCCAACCCCCGAUUUGGGCGCUACCCGUCCUCGUCGUUUGCGGUCGAUCCGGCGCCGGCGUUCGCUGCGCAGCCGGCGUUCACUGCACAGCCGGCGCGCGGCGCCGGCCACCGGCGGGCUCACUCGGAGACUGUGCUCCGCAUUCCGGAUGACAUCCUGUUCGAUUCCGAUCCGGACUUUGGAUUCGGCGACAUCGAGCUGCCUUCUCUGUCCGAUGACAACGGAUCCACCAGCGGGGGGUUUCCGGCUCCCCAGGCGGAGUCGUCCCUGUCGGAGGGGCAGUCGGGGGCGUGUGAUACCAAGGUGAAGGCGGAGAGACCUCCGAGAGGGUCGCACUUUAGGAGCUUAUCGGUUGAUGCCGCCUUCUUUGAGGACCUUGGGAUAUCGGAUGUGCCGGCGCCGGCACCCGGCGGCGCACAUAACUUCGGCAACAACAGCAACAGAAGGGUGCACCAUAUGCGGAGCAACUCGAUGGACGGCUCGACGUCGUCGUUCGAGGCGGAAUCAGCGCCACCGUCGGAUUACGCUAAGAAGGCCAUGGCACCAGAGAGGCUAGCCGAACUGGCAUUGAUAGAUCCGAAAAAAGCUAAAAGGUCAGUCUCCUUGUCAUCACUUUGCCUUUCCUUCCCUUUCUUUUCUCACGGUUCCGUGACUACCGUAGUUAAUAUUUGGGUUUCUCUUAGCGAUCUGGUUUGAUUUCUUCUUUUCCUGGAAAAUUGGAAAUUUUAAUCCAGAAUUCUCCUAUUACAGGACCUCGAGAUUUACAUACUCUGAUUCUAACGUUGUUGUGAGAUUAUUCUAAUUUCAUCUUUCCAUCUCUAUUUUAAUGUUUUGGUUGCUCAAUUUUCUGCCUCAAUUUAUUUUUCUUGCUAAAUAUUUCAAACUUAACCUCUUUUCUGAGGUUGUGCUUGAAAUCUUCAAUUUUAGGCAGGAACGAUCAAAACUGUAGCUUAAAAUCUCAGAUAUUACGUUCAUGCGCCAUCUAGUCUCUCAUAUGUUCAUUACUUAAAUACUUUUCAGCUUUUAACCAUCAUCAACGGGGUUAGUACCACACACGGCUUAUGAUCACGCACUUCCAUAGCAACAAUAACUGCUGACCACCGGCCAACGAAAACCAUCCACCAUCUAGCAAUACUUCCAAUUGUCAACUCCCACUGGCACCACAUCUGUGUCAUGUUGCCACCAUCCAUUGCAACAACAUCACUUCUACUAGCUUUCAAAUUUUCCUCUCAUUGCCACAACUGCCUACUUUUACAAGAUCACCAUCAGCGCCAACCUCUGAGCACUAAUCAACACCUCCAUCCUUAUGAAAUAAUUUUGACAUUUAUUGCGCGAAAUCAGUGUUUAUUAAGAUGUUGGGACUUCAUAUUGACCUAAUUUUAUUUAUUUUCUGGUAAAUUAUUCAUGUUCAAGACGUGAAUCAUAGUAGAAUCAUCGAAUUCUAGCUUAACUUGCUCGUGUUGCCCCCCCAUCGGGUCAAUUUUUAUGUUCAUAAAGUUGUCUAAUAUGUCGAUUGAAUUAUUUUUUGAAUUUGAAUAUGUUGGUGACGUGUAAUCUUAUGAGUGUAUUAACUGUUUAGUUGAUUAUGAAAAGGCAUGAUGUUUUCCACCACGCAUUUCAGGAUUCUUGCAAAUAGGCAAUCCGCAGCGCGCUCAAAGGAACGAAAAAUUCGUUACACCAGUGAACUGGAAAGGAAGGUGCAAACUCUUCAGACAGAAGCCACGACCCUUUCUGCACAACUAACCAUGUUACAGGUAUGAACUGCAAAUUUCGACAUUUCAUCCGAUGCAGUGAAAUGAUCAGGUUCCCUGUUGAUGAAUGGCGCUUGUAUACUUCACUUAUGGGCCGUAAAAACAUUCCUGGCAUUUCUGUACUUUAUCACGUGUACAUGUUAUGUAAGACAUUUAUGGAAAUCAUGGAGCCAAAUUCAACAUUGGGAGAUUUUGAGUUACGUAUGCAUUUUUUUUUCAUUUUUUUUUAUGAUGUUUAUUUGGUAGACCGUCAAUCGACUCUUCUAUUAUGGUUUUUUAUUUCGCAUUUAAGAUACUUAAAUUCAUUUUAGUAUAUCAUAUGCAUACCAUUCUCGAGCAUUAUCGGAGUGGUCUCCGAUUAUGGCCAUCUAUUUAUGGUGUGGGGAAUAUUGUUAAUAAUCUCAAAGACCGUGGGUUGCUCGUUACUAAUCGUUGGGAAUGAUCACUACUUCACCUUGUUGGAGAUGUUAUUGGAAGGCUUGCAAUAAUUGUACAUUUUUAGAAUUUACAGAUUUCUGAAACGUAACUAUGAAAAUUAUCUGCGCAGCUGUAUUUGUGUGUAUCUAAUAAUGUGGCAAACCCCCUAAUGAUCUUCACAUAAUGCUGUAUUUUUCCUCUAAUUAGUAGUGUUUUUUCGUGCAUGAGUUGAUUCAAUCGUCUCGUCUUGAAAUACACAGAGGGACACCACCGGCCUGACUACCGAAAACAAGGAGCUGAAACUGCGACUGCAGGCCAUGGAGCAGCAGGCUCAUCUUCGCGACGGUAUCCACCUUCCGCCAUCACUCCACCAAUCUUCACCCCCCCCCCUUCCCCUUUUGAUGCCCACUGGUUGGAAGGGUGAUCUUGCUAGAGGCGACAGCCAAUGACUGGGUUCUGUUGGGCGCGCAGCGAUCAACGAGGCUCUGAGAGAGGAGCUGCAGAGGCUUAAGCUGGCGACCGGGCAGGCCCCCUUCGUCAACGGGAACGCCUUCUCCAGGGGAGCUCCCCAGUACUUGUCUCAGCCCCAGCAGCAGCAGCAGCAGCAGCAGCAGCAGCAGCCGCAGGCGCCGCCGCCGCAGCUGCAGCAGCAGCUCCACAUGCUCCGCCCCGCUUCCAACGGCAAUCCCUUCGGCGGCCGCGACUCGAUGUGA